AGGGACGGUGAUGGCAGAAAAUCGUAAAUGCCUACGAUCCGGGUUAAAAUCAGAAAUGUAACGUCUGUACUCCUAAAGUGUUUGUUUUAUGGUGCAUGGAUAUAUACAUUUUGGCGGGAAAUGCGCCGCAUCAUUCUUCAGGUCCUGCAAUUCACAGCAUUGAAAUUCCCUAAACGAUGGCGAGUGCAAUUUGCAGUAUGGUAAACAAGAUAAACGUUGUCAAUAUCAAUGUGUACUCCACGUGAUUGACGAUGAACAAGUGAAACAAAAGCAGUACGGCUCUGUACAAACAUGACACAGUGGACUAUUUUAUCAAAUAAUCUUGGUCGAAGCGUAUCAGUUUUAGCUGUACAGCCCUGACGAAUCUGUCGAGUAGGUUAUUACAAUUCAGAAUGCUUAUUGGAAACACUAAAGCUAUUAUAUUUAUUCUGCUCGUCGUCCUGAUGGGCAUUGUUGCAAUCGUAAAUUACCACGAUCAGACUUUGAAUAUGAUACCAGUUGUCAUAAACACAUGGCCAUUUACAAAUGCAACACAAAACGCUUGGAAUACUAUAUACUUUAAAAAGAAGUCAGCACUGGAUGGUGUAGAGAAGGGCUGUACUACAUGUGAAGUUGAUCAGUGUGAUGGAACUGUAGGUUUUGGAGGUAGCCCUGAUGAAAAUGGAGAAACUACAUUAGAUGCUAUGAUUAUGGAUGGAAUGACAAUGAAUGUGGGUGCAGUUGCUGCUUUAAGGCGUGUGAAGAGUGCCAUAUCUGUUGCACGAUGUGUACUAGAGCACACACAACACACACUUUUAGUAGGUGAUCAAGCAACACAGUUUGCUGUCUCAUUGGGUUUCAAGGAAGAAACAUUAGAGACAGGCAAGUCUCGAAAAAUGUGGCAGCAGUGGAAGGAAAACAGUUGCCAACCAAACUUCUGGGUGAAUGUAAAACCUGAUCCCACCAAAUUUUGUGGACCAUACAAAUCAGAUACUUCCAUCACUAAGAGGCAGGAAGGAAACUACCCAAAACAUAGAAGUGUAUUUAAUGAUAAAAACCAUGACACAAUAGGAAUGGUUGCUAUUGAUACUGCAGGCAGAAUAGCAGCUGGUACAUCAACCAAUGGAGCAAAGUUCAAAAUUCCAGGGAGAGUUGGAGAUUCACCUAUCCCUGGAGCAGGAGCAUAUGCUGAUGGCACUGUAGGGGCAGCAGCAGCCACAGGUGAUGGAGAUAUCAUGAUGAGAUUCUUACCCAGUUACUUGGCUGUUGAGGAAAUGAGACGAGGGUCUUCUCCUUCACGUGCUGGUGAGCUGGCAAUUAGGCGUAUUGUUACUUACUACCCAGAGUUCGUGGGGGCAAUUGUGGUACUAAAGAAUGAUGGCAAUUAUGGAGCUGCCUGCCAUGGUCUUCAAAAUUUCCAAUUUUCAGUGUGUAACAGUGAUCUUGGGCAGGUUACAGUCCAUACUGUACCGUGUGUUCAGUGACCUGUCUGGAACAGUUACAAAAUCAUCGGAAAAACACAAAGUUAUACUGCUUCUGCUUUCGAUUUUAACAACUGAAGCAGUGCUGAAAGUGGGUUGGGAUGACACAGUAGCAUCCAAUUUCUUUUCAGGGAGUCCCAAAAUGAUCUCAUUACCACUACAGUUCCCUAAAAUUAUGUCAGUCUUACCCUUUCCAUCUCACUUUUUCACCCUUAUGAAAACAUUACAAACAAAAUACAAUGUACACAAAAAUUUUGGUCUCUGCUUUUUAACAGUCUAAACGUCCUUACCAUUGCAGCAGGUUCUCAAAUAAAAUGUUAACAUAAUUCAGAGUAGCCGUUUCAGAUUAAAUUAAUACCAAGUUAUAAAUAAAUUAAACAUAUCUGAGAUCUGAAGUUAUUACAGUGGUGAAGAUGUCCAUGUUGGUCUUCUGGGAUGUGGCACUGUGAACUUGUAGUUAGGUACAAACAUUUCUGAGGACUGAAGAUGGAUGCAGUAUGUUCUUCCAAACCAUUAGUAUGGUAUCAUAACGCAGAAGACCAACAUGAAAUCAUGCCUUGUUCUUUCCAUAUUUACCCUUGUCUUUGCAAUUCUCUGUUGCAUUGCUUGUGUGGGUAUAUUUAGUUAUUCUUUCUGAAACAGUUAAUUUUGUUAAUAAACACAACUUUUUCCAGAGUUGUUAAAACAGAAAAUAAGGAUAAUGUACAGUUUACUCUCAUUAUUUUGGUGUAACAUGAUUUUGUUAUAUAGUGCGUAAUUUUGAAAUAAAUAUUUACAUUUUCAUA